CAACUCUCUGAAUCCCUCCAUCACGUGAUCCUUCUGUACCUAUCAAUUCCCUCUUUCACACAUCGUAGCAUAAAGCUUACGACAAAAAAACCAACACCCCGAAUUGUCAAACCCUUCUUUUUCUUUCUUAGUAAAACAGACUCAGAACCAACCCUCUCUUUCUCUUUGCAUUGAUUCUAUCUACUCUUUCAGCUCAGUGUGUCCUUUGGUUUGAGAUAUUUUUUUCCAUAUAAAAAGGACAAAUAUAUAAAUAUAUAUUGGUUUUAAAGAGAGAGAGAGAGUUGAGUGUGUGUAUAUAAAGAAAGAGAAAGCAGCAGCACCUGAUACAGAUGCACUCCCUGAUGGCAGCUUACUAUCCCAACAACGUCACUACUGAUCAUAUUCAACAGUAUCUGGAUGAGAACAAGUCAUUGAUCUUAAAGAUUGUUGAGAGCCAGAAUUCCGGGAAAUUUAGUGAAUGUGCUGAGAAUCAAGCACGGCUGCAGCGAAACCUCAUGUACUUGGCUGCAAUUGCAGAUUCUCAACCGCAACCUCCAGCCAUACAUGCCCAGUUCCCGUCAAGCGGUAUUAUGCAGGCUGGAGGGCACUACAUGCAGCAACAGCAACAAACUCAACAGAUGACACCACAAUCGCUUAUGGCUGCACGGUCCUCCAUGUUGUAUGGUCAGCAACCAUUUUCUGCUCACCAACAACAAGCUCUGCAUGGUCCACUUGGCAUGAGCUCCGGUGGAAGCACAGGUCUUCACAUGCUGCAAAGUGAAGCUAGCACUACAGGUGGCAACGGAGCACUUGGAGCUGGAGUUUUCCCUGGUUUCAGGCAUGGCUCUUCUGGAGAAGGCAAGCAAGACAUCGGAAGUGCAGGGUCAGCCGAAGCUCGUGGAGUUCUCGGCUGCGAUUGACGGCCUAAUGGUCUGUCUACUAUCCAGAUUUAGCAUAGUUAAGAAGAUGAAUUUAGGGGAUAUAUAUUUUUUUAAAGGAAAUUGUUUCUGAUGCAAGGAACAAUGUUAGGACAUAAACUUUAGACCUUUUGGUCUGUGUUUUCUAGUACGAGACAGAGCAUCUUAUGGUAAACUUAACAUGUAAUUUUUGUAGGGUCUCAUGAUUCUACUUUCCAAAUCUGUGUUUUACUUUAACCAUCUUUGAGUCAACCGUGAUGAUGCUGAUGUGGUGGAUUCAUUCUCGGUGUAAUUUUUAAUCCCAUUUCAUUCGAAUCCAUGACCAUAUCUAUAAAAAUCUUAUAUUUUACCUCC